CUACUUUCUAACAAGCCAGACUUGAAGUUUGCAGUAAAUCCUCUUGUUGAAGGACAGGUGUUUCCCAGCUGAGCCCUUGGGGAGAUUCUCCAGUAGCGCAGGGACACCCUUCCCCAGAGGCCUAGUGGGCUGGACCUCUUUGGCCCCAUUCAAAGUGAGGGGAGACUCCUGCCAGACCGGGAAGAGGGCUCUAUCCUCCACCUCCUUGGGUCCGUCUGUUUAUCGGUCUCUGGGAAUGGCCGCCUCCUGUUCCUUUUCUCCUUUUAAGUCUCUGAAUCUCUUCUCUCUCUUCCUGAACUACUUCUCGGUGCCUCGGUCUCCGUCCCUCUGUCUCUGGCUCCUGCAUCAGUCUCGGCUCCCGGCCUCCCUCUCCCCCUCUCCGCCCCUCCCCCGCGCUGUCAUUCACCCCGCUCCUCUCCACGCACAGCCAAUGGAGAGACCCGGCCGAAACGGCUAGGCUCGCUUGCACCGGGCUUUUUCGCCCGGUGAUUGAUGUCCCAGAGUCAACAUCGAGCUAGCAGACGGAGAGGGGAAGGAGCAGCCUGAGAGGGGAAGAAUACGGCGCCCCCUCUCUCCUUCCCCUCCCCCCCUACUUUAGCGCUCUGCGCACUUCGCCUCCAAGUCUCCGCGCAGCCGGGAGCGGCUGCCGCCUCCGCGCCCCUGCGCGCUGCCCCCGGAGCCAAACACAGCGAUCGCCGCCGCCCAGGCCCCCCCCGCGGGGCCGGGGCCGGGGGCCAGCAUGGAGCACCUGGGUCCGCACCAUCUCCACCCCGGCCAUGCGGAGCCCAUCAGCUUCGGCAUCGACCAGAUCCUCAACAGCCCGGACCAAGGCGGCUGCAUGGGGCCCGCCUCGCGCCUCCAGGACGGAGAAUACGGCCUUGGCUGUUUGGUUGGAGGAGCCUACGCUUACGGCGGCGGGGGCCCCGCGGCCGGGGCGGGGGCCGGGGGCGCGGGGGCCUAUGGUGCCGGCGGCCCGAGCGGCCCUGGUGGCCCUACUAGCGGCGGCGGCGGCGCCUGCAGCAUGGGCCCGCUGGCUGGCUCCUACAACGUGAACAUGGCCUUGGCGGGCGGCCCCGGUCCGGGAGGCGGCGGCGGCGGGGGCGGCGGCGGCGGCGGCGGCGGGGGGGCGCUGAGCGCUGCAGGGGUGAUCCGGGUGCCGGCUCAUAGGCCGCUAGCUGGAGCGGUGGCCCACCCCCAGCCUCUGGCUACCGGCUUGCCCACCGUUCCCUCCGUGCCUGCUGUGCCGGGUGUCAACAACCUCACCGGGCUCACCUUCCCCUGGAUGGAGAGUAACCGCAGAUACACAAAGGACAGGUUCACAGUGGCCCUCUCACCCUUCACUGUAACACGCCGUAUAGGUCACCCCUAUCAGAACCGGACGCCCCCCAAGAAGAAGAAGCCGCGCACGUCCUUCACGCGCCUGCAGAUCUGCGAGCUGGAGAAGCGCUUCCACCGGCAGAAGUACCUGGCCUCGGCCGAGCGCGCCGCCCUGGCCAAGGCGCUCAAAAUGACCGACGCGCAGGUCAAAACCUGGUUCCAGAACCGGCGGACGAAGUGGAGGCGGCAGACCGCGGAGGAGCGUGAGGCUGAGAGGCAGCAGGCGAACCGCAUUCUCCUGCAGCUGCAGCAAGAGGCCUUCCAGAAGAGUCUGGCGCAGCCCUUGCCCGCCGACCCGCUAUGCGUGCACAACUCUUCGCUCUUCGCCCUGCAGAAUCUGCAGCCGUGGUCUGACGACUCCACCAAGAUCACCAGCGUCACGUCCGUGGCGUCCGCCUGCGAGUGAGCCUGCCCGCUCUGCCCGGAGAGAGCCCGGGUCCAGCCGAGGGGUCGCGGAGGCUGAGAGCCGGGACUCUCUCCCACUCCCUCCUGCUUCAGACUGUGCGCGGGAGGGGAACGCGGUGCCCCCUGCGCUCGGCCGAGCUCCUGCCGACGCUGUUUUCUCUUUGGUGGGGGGGAAAAAAGCGCGGGAGACAGGGACACGCGACCUCGUUCCAGACGCCUAAGUGGUCCCGCGCCCCCCUGGAACUGUUCAGAGUCCUCUCGGUUUACGUCUAUUUUAUUUUAUUCUGAUUUUUAACGUGGGACUGAGAGAGGCAGAGGACGUUGGGGAAGAAGUUUCUGGGGUCCUCAGAGGACAGCAGGGGCUGUCAUUUGAACUUGCUCUGGGAAGAACUCCUCUGUAUUCCACUCCCCAUCACACGUGGACGCCCGCAGGCCCACACAGAGGCGAUUUCACAGUCUCUGGUGGUGUCACCCAGAGCCAAACACAGAGGACCUACGACAGAGUGUCAUGCACACAUAGGGCCAUCGCCUUCACACCCUUGGCUCUCACUGUCAGGCAUAAGCUAGGGGUGACCCAGCUGCAUUGUGAACAGCAUGGCACUUCUCACACUGUGACACACUGUGACACACUACCCCACACACGACAGCGUCACGGCCCUCCAGGCCCCCAUCACACAUCCUAGCCGCACCCAGGUACGCACAGGCAGGUUUUCACACAGACUCAGCCUGCUUCUCCAGAUCCUGUUCAUACGGGGAGCUUAAGUUAUGCACUUAUAAGGUGUUUUCUGUGUAACCAUUUUAUAAAGUGCUUGUGUAAUUUAUGUGAAAAAAUAAUAAAACCCUCCGGAUCCGGAGUCAGGGCUACCUGCUCCUUGCUGAGCCCAGCACCUUGCAGCUA